ACUUUAAAACCUAGUACACCACCGUACUGUAGUGCACACUAUCUAGUGAUCGUGUAAGUGGUUUGGAACGCAGCCACCAUUUGCUCACGUGGUUCGGAUUUGACGCUCUCGCGAAGCUGUGCUGUAUGUACAAAGAUGGCUGUCCUGUACGGUAGGGAUGGACGUGCGCACAGGUGUUGCGUGUAAAACGAGGAACUGAAACUUUGUCUGAAUUGAAUAGUAAUAGUAAUAAUAAUAUUAAUAAUAAGUGUUUUAGAGCCAUAGAUUUGUUCACGAUGCCGUCCCCGAGACCUGUCAGAGCGGGCAGCGCGCGCAGCAGCAGUGUUUCCGGUGUAGGCGGUGGCAGCAGCGGCGGUCGGUACGAGUUUAUGUCGCUGACUCGGACGCCUCCACUUUCUCCGUCCCCUCCUUCACACCUCCUCCAAAGGCAAGGCUCGGACCCGACAACAGCGCGGCUACGUGCCUCCGAGAGCCCGAACCGGCGUCGCAGAGGCUCCGCGUCCUCCAACGCGUCCACGUCAUCGACCGGCGGCGUUCAGCAGUUACCGGAAGAGGACUGCAUGCACCUUAACCCGUCCAUCAUCAGCGUGGCGCUCAGCUCUCUGCUCGCCGUGGACCUGUGGCUCUCCAAGCGGCUCGGUGUGUGCGCGUGUGAGGAGUCAUCAUGGGGAAGCGCGCGCCCGAUAAUGAAGUUGGUGGAGAUUUCCGGUCACGGUAUACCGUGGAUCAUCGGUGCCGCGUACUGCAUGUACAAAAGCGACAGCGCCGCGGGGCAAGAGGUCAUGCUGAACCUGCUCAUGGCUUUGGUAUUGGACUUGGUGCUAGUGACCAUAGUUAAAGCCUUGGUACGUCGCCGGCGUCCUGCUCAUAACCGCAUGGACAUGUUUGCCACAUUUUCUGUGGACAGAUACUCCUUCCCAUCAGGCCAUGCCACUCGGGCUGCUAUGUGUGCCCGUUUCCUGCUGGCCCACCUGGUUCUAGCGGCUCCACUCCGCGUGCUCGUCAUGCUCUGGGCGGUCUUCGUUGGCCUCUCCCGGGUCCUUCUUGGGCGUCACAACGUCACAGAUGUGGCCUUUGGCUUCUUCAUGGGCUACUGCCAGUACAACCUGGUGGAGGUGCUGUGGUUGUCACCAGCGACGCUGUAUAGCAUGAUGGGUCAGCUGGAGUGAAGCCAAAAGCAAGCAGUAGAGACACUAAGAUUGAAGACUAAAAAAAGACUUGAUCUGUUGAACUGUAGGCACUGUGAUAGUAAUAAUUCCGUAUUGUCACUAAUAUUUCUGAGUGAAUUUGUCACAGUUUUGAAUUGUCUCUCUCUACAAAAUAUUUGGAAGGUAAAUGUAAUAGGUAUCCACUCUUCUACAGAUAUGGGAUUAAGAGGAGUGUCCUGGAUCAAUCUGAUUGUAUAAGCUGUCUGAAAAUUGGCUUGUCAUGGUGUAAAAGGACGACCUCUGAUCUCUCCAACCCAAUGCGCCAAUGCCUAAUUACCAUGUUCCACAAAAUUCAAAAUCACGUUAAAGCCCCUCAGAAUCAAUCAACAGUCUAUCAUUAGUAAUUUAGUAGUAACUGGAACAUUAGAAAUUAAAACAAAAUCUUCUCCUUCCAGAUGUUUUUCUCUAUGAAUGGGUAAUAUGGGAUCAUGUGCAUACUAAUCAUUAAUGUGUAAAUGCUCGAAUGUUUUUAAUGCUCUGAGUGACUGUUCAGUGAUUCAUUACAGGCAUGAAGCUGAAAGAAGUAUGUGUCUGUCGGUAUACAUAAGGUCCGUCAGUGGAUCAGAUUGGAAACUACAGAGUAAAAAAUAAUCCAGAUCAGCUUUCGCGUACUUUUCCUUAAUCUGUGCAUCUCUAAUAUUUAAGCAUGGAUUAUGAUGAACAUCACUUGUAUUGACAUAAUGCAGUCAUUCUGUAUGAUCUUUUUUUUUUUACCUAAGGAUUUUGGUUAAGGCCGAGAGUUAAUGCUGUGCAAUCUUCUCUAAUUAUAUUAUAUUUACUUUUACAUUUUACACCAUAGAAGCACCGCUGUUUUAUUUCAUUGACUUUUUUUUUGUUGUUCUUUUAUAGAAACUGAUGUGUGUUUUUUCUUUGCUGCUGUCUGAAUCCUUUAGUAUCCUCUAUUGUUUCUUUAUAUUGGAAUUAUUUUCACUUCCUACUUUAAUAGGAAUACCUGUACACUUGGUAAUCAACUGAAUAUUCAGUUAAUUAUUCAGUAAGACAUAGUAAUGCAAUCCCUAACCACAUGCAGCUACAUGGCCCAAAAUUUAACCCUGUGAGCGACACAAUUACCAGAAUGGUUCAAGUGACAGGAAGGCUACGUCAAAACAAAUAACCACUCUUUACAGCCGUGAUGCAUAGAAAGGCAUCUAAAAACAUCCAAGAAUAUGGAUGCUGAGGCUACAGCGGACAAAGGUUAAUUAAACCGGACAGCUGAAGAUUGGAAAAAGGGCCAGGCGAUGAUUUUAAAUCUGUCCAGUUUCAGUGAGAUUGACCCGAUGUAGCAUCACGGUCCUGUUCCAUACUGAGAUGCUUUUCUGCUCACUAUAAAGAUUGAGUCACUGUGAUCACACUGUCCCCCAUUCUGAAGCUCUUGACUCUGUAUCUGCAUGAUUUUAUGGAUUGCACUGCAGCCACAGAUGUUACAAUAUGUUCAUGUUCGUGUUACAAUAACAUUUAAGUGUCCUUUACUUACACUGGCAGUUUAAGAAUUUAAUACCUGGUCUGAUUAGACUAAUCUUAAUUUAGCACAGAUGAUAAACAGAAACGUACACAAACAGGAUUUUUAUUUCCAUAGACAGAACAAGUAGUAGUAAAGUAGUCUGUUUUAAGCAGGUGCUCUAUGUGUUGUAGUUAUGCAUGUUGUAUUUUUCAGGCACUUUCCUCCACAUCUGCUACAGAAGUGAUUUACAUUUACAGCAUUUGGCAGACACCCUUAUCCAGAGCGACUUACAUUAUCAAUUUUUUUUUUUUUUUAUAUAGCUGAACAAUUGAGGGUUAAGGGCCUUGCUCAGGGGCCCAACAGUGGCAGCUUGUUGGACCUGGGCUUGAACUCACAAUCUUUCGAUUGGUAGCCCAACACCUUAACCACUAGGCUACCACAUACCCUUGAUUUUAGAUGAUGAGUUCAUUAUACACCCAAAAGCCACGAACAUGGAAGAGUUUUCUUUUCAGUUCUCCAUUUUUCCUUGUAUAGGAACGAUGUAAUCAAAUUUGUGGCUCUCAGUCACUCAUCAUCUUGUAUUAUUUUGUUCUUUCCUUCAUAUUUUGUGCUUUGUCGUGCUUUUCAGUUCAUGGGCAGCACUUUCUUCUGCUGAUGUAACUUAUAAUCUGCAGGAGUUAACUGAUUUAGAGAUGCACUCUAAAUAUAGUCCUAAUCUAAGAAGCCUCUGUAGCUCAACACUGAUAUAUAUAUUAUUCUAACUAGGUUACCUUAUGAGAGGUAAUGCAUUGCUUACUGUGAUGUUGCAUGCCAAAAAAACUGGUAGGAAGCCAGUUUUGUUACUGUAUGUGUGGUACUUCUGACUGUUGUAACUUUUUUGGCAAUAACAGCUGUUGUUUUCAUCACUCUUGUGUAUCUUCGGGUCUUUGGCUUUCGAGAACGAGGAACACAGGCUCACCAAAGGCACUUUGUCAUGUAUGAACCGCAAUAAUCUUUUUUUUUCCCAUUGGGGUUUAUUUACCAGGGACCAUUUUUUAGAAGUGCAAGGCUGAAUGCUGAAGGUUCAUGGCCUGCAUUCACUUGUAUCUGGUUCAUGCUGGUUCCAUUUCUGUAGCCAUGACCAGUUCAGUCUGUGAUCUCAGGUCUGCCUUCCAGUCCUGUAACGUUUCAUUGUAUGCCUUCAUCUCCGGUGACUUCACCAGCUAUUCACAAAAAUGAUAUGAAUUCUGAAUGUCUACACAUAUGUACUGUUAAUGGGUGUAUAAUGUGAAAUCUUUUGUUGGUGUCAAAAAAAAGAUAUGCUGCAAAAAAUGUAAAAGUUAUAAAAGUAAUAUAUGUUUGUGGUGGUUAUACAUGUGAUAAAUCAUUCUGUGGUAGUAUUUUCUAAAAUAAAUACAGAAAUUACUGCAAACAA